UGUGACGACACACUUUUCGUACAUUUUCGUCCUUAUUUGCGCUUUACAUACGGCCUAUUUUGAAGAUUCUGAAAAUUAGAAAACCUUUAUAUAUACAUAUGACGUCAUAUUCACUUUAUGUUCGCGUUCACGUAAUGUUUUUCUAGCGGAUUUUCUACGUGUUAAGUGUUUAUAUAUUUUUACAGUAUCAGUGAGUCGUGAACGGAUUUUAAAUGAAAAAUGCAACUUCAUCCUGAUUAGUGAUUAGCCAGUGAGCUGCGUGUACAAUUAUUUAAGGUUAGAUUAAACAUUUUCCUCCAUAAUUGUUUAUAAUAAACCUAAACACCAUUAUUCGUCAUUUGUGGGCGUUACGAAUGAAGUAAAUAAACGACCAAAACCGACGGUUAUUUUAGUACAAAAAUAGAAUAAGUACUGAAAGCGCGUCGCGCGUUAUUUUUACUCUCUAAACAUAGGGGAGAGUUUAUUCUUGUAGUUUGAAAUAAAAUCAAAGAGAUUCGUAUACGGCUAGUUGCAUGAGUAAAUGUGUUAGUUUUUGACUUUAAUUUAAUCUGGACGCGAUGGAGUUGAGAUCCAGUAGGUCCAGAUCCAAGACUCCAUUUACACAGAUUGAGAGCUUCGAUAAAGAACUUAUCGAAAGAGGAAAUCAUGUGGAGAAGACCGUUACAAGGACCACGAGAAGAACAACUACUGUUAGGACGAAUGAUAACGCCACGAGUUCUACAGAUGAAUUUACAUCUUACGCUAGGCCAGUGAGACGAUCCGCUCGUUCUGAGAGGAAUGUCCGAAAAUUGUACAAAACCUCAGACUAUUCCUCAGAGGAUGGUGAGAACGAGGUUAGUUCGACGAGGACCAUAAGUCAGAAUGAGCGAAACCAACUCAUAGAAGAUGCCAGAGCCGCCGCCAAUGGCACUAAUGAGGUGUCGGCUUUAAAUUUGUAUAAGAAAUCAGGACGAUAUUGGGAUGUAUACCCAAAGACAGACUGGACGUAUUCCCAUCACUCCAAGGACAGAGUAGAGUUAGCGCCUGGCAUCGUUGCCAUGCCAAACAUGUCCCGUAAAACCAUCCACUCUGUCCACAGUUCCGACAGCUCUCUGUCCCAGACAGAUUUCAUGAACAAAGAGACCAACACAGACACCGUAUCCGAAUCACAAUCACAAUCACGGUCAGACCACAAGAGCUGGUACGCCGACCUGUACUCUGCCCGUCCCCGGCAAUUAUUCAAUAACAAUUACGAUAGCGACUAUGAGAUCUACGAGAAGAAGUCCUACACCGUCAGCAGAUGGAGGCGAUUCACAAGAUCUGUGGUGCGGAUUUUUACCUCUAUUUUCACUGUGUUCUACUAUGGCUACGAGGUGCAAACGUCGUGGUUUGCCAAGUUGCACAAGUUCACCAGCAGGGUAAUGCUGCUGGAUACUUGGUUGUUGUUGAAGACGGGACGAGGCAAUAAGAUGGCGAGACUCGCGGCGUUGUGUCUGCUGCCGCUGCUGCUGUUUGGGGGUUGGUGGCUGUUGUCCAGCCUCGGAAGUACCUUGUAUGGAGCUUAUUUCAACUCUACCGCCACCCACGUUCCAGUUGCUACAAAAAUAGAAGCUGAUUUACAAGAAGAGCUUACCCGGCACCAAGACGACGCUCACGUUGAUAAACAAGCCGUUGAAGAAAAAAUUAUAAAAAUCACUGAAAAGAUUUACUUGGAACCUCCGAAAGCUAACGAGAUUGCAGCGGGAUUAUCGUCGGAACAACUAGAAGCGAUAUCAAGGUCCUUGAAAAACUCGAUUGACAUAAGCGAGCAGUUCAAUACUGAAGACGUAGUUCAAAAAAUAGUGCACAAUCCAAGCUUUCAGGCGAUCGUCAACAAUUACAACAGCAUAAACGUGAAUAAGGAAAACGCCAAUAUUAAUUUGGAUUUCUUGAAUAGUCAACAAGGGGUUAUAGAUAAUUUAAGGGAAGAGAUCCAGAGAGUGAAGCGAGACAUGUUGGACAUAGAAAAAAAUCGUCAGGAGGAUCUAAAGAAGCUUUUAGCUGACUUUAAAGCAGAAAACGCUCUAACUUCGGCUCACUUCACGUACCAGUUGAACCGGUGUUGUAGGAAGCCUAUAAUCAACAUCGAGAGUUACGUAAAUAGAAUCCUAGGCAACCUCUUAAACGAUGCAGAGUUUCUCAAGAACCAAAAAGGUCUCAACGAUUAUUUGCACACAAUGUUCGUUGCUAAACAAGAUUUAGAAUUACAGUUAAUCAAUUUAACGCGCAAUUUGAAUUCUAAAUACGACGAUUUGAUAGCGGAGAACAGCAGGAUAAUCAUGGAUGCCGUCACUAAGAAAAUAACCCUGGAGUUGAACGAGAACUUAAAAUCUGACGUCCAUAUUUCUAAACGUGACGUUUCGCUAGGAUCCGUUUCCGAGGAUCGUAUAAAGGAGAUUGUGAAGAGCACUCUGGCUAUAUAUGACGCCGACCGAACGGGACUAGUCGAUUAUGCAAUGGAAACGAUGGGCGGGCAGAUUUUAACGACUAGGUGUACGGAAAACUACCACUACGGUAAAGCAGUAGUGUCGGUGCUAGGUAUUCCUCUGUGGUACCCUGUGAAUUCUCCAAGGACGAUCAUAACGCCCAGUAUAAGCCCGGGUGAGUGCUGGGCCUUCCAGAACUUCCCGGGGUUUGUCGUUAUAAGGUUAUCGAACCGAGUACAGGUGGAGGCCUUUUCCUUGGAACACAUAAGCAAGCUCUUAGUGCCCGACGGAAAAAUCGACUCGGCACCCAAGGACUUUGAAGUUUAUGGAUUUACUAGUGAAAACGAUAAGGAACCCGUGCUUCUCGGAACUUACGUUUACAACUACGACAAAGAACCUUUACAGUUCUUCCCCGUUCAGAGUGAGGGACACGUGUUUGAGAUUGUCGAAAUAAGGAUUAUUUCUAACCACGGAAAUCCUAACUACACAUGCUUGUAUAGGUUUAGGGUGCACGGCAAGUUAAGUCAAGAAGCAACUUAAUUUGUUUUGUAUCGGGUCGCGGAAUUGAUCUCGAUUUGGUUAUGAAUCGGGUUUUUAACAAUUGCUAAAUUUCGUAUUAGGUACGGUUUAAUUCUCAAAUGGUCAAAAUAAUUUACAAAAUUACAAAUUUGUUUUUGAUAAUGUCAUUGAAAAAGAAAGACUGAUCGCCUCCUGAUAAUCAAUGCUUUGAUUUUUUAGGAGUAGGUUCAAGUCGGUUGUAAAUCUGUGGGUAACUGUCGUUUAUUCUAAUAAUUCUUUAUAUUUCCUUUGUUUAUAUAAAAUAUAGUUGGACGACGAAUCAAACGAAAGUACUAGAAAUGGGAAUUGUAUAAGCGAGUUGCCGUCUAGUAUUUUUAUUCCCAACUGUGACUGGUUCUCCAGCUUUCUUGUAACAAAAAUAUAUGUUUUGGACUUAAAAAAAUUCUUGCAAUUCGUUAAAAAUGUCAGCGGUCCAGUCAUCCUCAGCAUUUUCUUGGCCUACGUGUAUAUAGUCAUCGUAAUCAUGCAUAUGUAUCUGUGUUCAUAGUAUAUUAAUUUAUUUGUAGAUUUGUACAUAUCAUUUUCUCUAUAUCGCGCGUUGUUGCAUCACUUGGAUGCACGGUGUUAGGCUAUUUAUAUCGAGUGUUCUACAAUUUUAGAUCUUAACCGUUGUGAAUUUUUUAUACGAGUUUUUGAUAGCAAUACUACUAACAUCGUACUUAAUUGGUAAACAUUUUAAUCAGCGACAAAAAUUGUUGCGUUGUGACAGUUUUAUUCAAUCGGAAGAUUAAUUGUGUAAGAAACCAAACGACCUCAUUUAUUUUUUAGCAUAAUAAUUACGAAAAUUAACAAAGAAUAUUUUUUCAAAAUAUUUCUACACUAGUUUUACGAUUUACAAUUAAUUUUAUUUAUAGUAUUAUUAUAACUUUGUUUGACGUGUACUGGUAACUACUAACUGUUUUUUUACAGGAUUGUGAAAUAUGAGCAAAUAUGUAUGGGUUUUGUCUGCCACAUAAAAAAAAUUAGAGAUGGGCACUUUUUGGAAAAGUGUGUUAACGGACAUGUCGAUGAAAUGUCGGGAAAAAUACUUUUGACCUUGAAUCUAAUAAGGCACCUUUGAGUGAUGUCAUGUUUUCACAGGUUCACUCCUUGAGAGUACACAAAGCAAAAUAUUACUUCCAUUCUAAUGAAUAUGUGUCGAUAUAUUUUACUUAUUACCUAUCUUUAGACUUUUUUAUAAACUGGUUUCUAAUUUUCCUCGGAAAGCCAAUACACUUAUUGAAAUGUUUUUCCAUCCUACUGGAAUUCUUAAAAAUUGUUUUUGAGCAGAAAUUACAUUUAUAUUGAUUUUUACUCAAUUCAGAAAAAUAUAACCAAACUGUUGAUUUUGGCGUCAUACUCCAUUUAUAAACUAUGUGUAUUAAAUAUUUAAUUUAGAAUCAACUGAUUACCAUUUGCUAAUCGUUAACUUUGCCAAAAAAUAAUAAAAUAUGGGACAUAUAAAAGAGGUUAUAUUUUUAAAAUGUCAGUUUCAGUUAAACAAUUACCAACAACAUCAACAAAAUUCGUGUACCAACCUCAAAAAUUUUUUGCGGGAAUUAUGAAUGCAACAAAUAACUCCACGCAUGCGCAUACAACUUUUCAAUCUUGGAAGUCCUCAGGAUGUCCGAUGUGUAAACUUUUCACAUGUCCAGCUGAAUCAAAUCAACUGAUAUGUCCGCGGCACAUCUCUAAAAAAGAUAUUCCAACUUUAAAUAUUAAACAAAAUUUGCUGUAUUUCACGAUCCUGUAAGUGUAUUUUAUACUAAUAUAGACUAGGAUACGGAUAUUUUUACUUUUGAAACGUCUAUUAUUUCACUUGCCUGUUAUUCCAAAGAACUUUAACUUUACUAAUAAUUACUUUUACGUUACGUGAUGAGUCUCAAUUAGGUUGUUAUCGUUUGUGUUUCGUUAGUUGGUUUCUUAUCGUACUAAAAACUUAGAUGACAUUAAUGGUUAGUGUUAAUGUGAGUCUGUGAUUCGCUGUAAAAUAAAUAAUGUUUGAGUACAAAUUCACUAUAGCCUAAGAAUCUAUACUAACAUGCCUUAUGCACUUUUUGAGGUCAAUUUUAUAUAUAUUUACACGAAAUGUUUUUGUUGUAUUCACUUUAGCAGAGCACUUUGUAUAUUUUUCAGUGUUGUAACUAGUUUGGUUUUAAUUAUUUAAUUUCUGUAUACUAAUGUUUAAGUAUUUUCAUGUUUUCACUUCAUAAAGUUUCAUAAUGUAAAAGUUGUAGGUACGUAUUUAUUUGCAUGUAAAAUAAUGACUACAUCUAAUUCUUUAAAUUUAUUUUUGUCACAGCAUAAGAUACCUACUAUUGUUAUAUAAUACGCAAAAAUUCUGGUUAUUGUCUGAUGAUAAUGGAGACAAUUGUAUUUUCAAAAUAAAUUUUUUUGUUAAAA